GAAGGCUUUUAAUCUGUAUGCUGAUUUCCCAUGAUUCCGUGCACCGGAAGCCUGCGGUGUCGAUGCGGAACUGAUGAAGAGAGUAAAUAAAAAACCACUGGCGACUCGCGCUUCAUCUCAACACGGGAUCUGAAAGCUGAGAAAAUGACGAACGUGUACUCUUUCGACGGUAUUCUUGUAUUUGGGCUUCUUUUCGUUUGCACGUGUGCGUACCUGAAGAAGGUCCCUCGUCUGAACAGCUGGCUCUUGUCUGAGAAGAAAGGUGUCUGGGGAGUCUUCUACAAAGCUGCAGUGAUAGGCUCCCGGCUGCACAUUGCUGUGGCAGCAUCCUGUAUGUGUAUGGCUUUUUACCUGAUUUUUCUCAAGUGACCGGGACGAAUUGCUCUCUUUGGACACUGGACUCUGAACGCCGGUAGAAAUGCAGUGCUGGCGAGUAUCGCCGUCUGUUGGAGAGAGCUGACUCCAUCUGCGGUUUAGCACCAAUUUAAAGUGCCCCUAUUAUGGGUAAUGAACGGUUCAACAACAGGUUGAUAUGCAUGCAAGACCAAAAAACACUUUCAUUGUCUUAUAAUAUGCAUUUAUUUGUACAUUACUUGCUCAACGACUCCCAAACCAUUCGCUCAACGAUUCAUUUUCCCAAACCCCUCCUUUGUGUGACGCUAAUCUGCGGUGAUUGGUCGGAUUGGUUUCAUGUCAUCAUGUCUGUAAUGCAUGAUAAAGCAGCGUUUGUGAGCGCAGUGCUGCUUUGUUUACAGCGUAACCGGGGAAAAUGCUCUUUUUACACUCCAAAAGCACCACCUAGUGGCAAAGAAUGAAUUUGCAUUUUCAUUCAGACCAAUGAAAAGACCAUCAAGUGGGCGGGCAAUAUGCUAAUGUUUCAUUUUAAGGUCAACACACUGCAUGAAAGGUAAUUUUCAAAAAUCCAUAAUAGGGGCACUUUAAGACCUGCUUUCCAUUUCUGUAAAUGUUUAACCUAAGAUCAGAUUUUGGGUGAACUCGGACUCAGAUCAGGGUUAAACAGUAAUAUCUGCCGAAAAAUGAUGAACCUACCUAUGGAUACAAAUGUCUUUUUCUUGUGUUGUGUUCUCUCAGACAUGCACAAUUUUUGCUUGGGCUUAGAGGGCUACAGUAAAGAAGGCAGAAACAAUGAUAUCUUGUACAGUUAUUGAAUAUAAGUUCAUGUACCGAGAGCUGCAAUAUUUUAGGUGUUGGUGUCAUGAAUGGCUUAAGUAUUCAAUACCCCAGAUGUUUAUAAUAAACAUAUAAGACCUAUUGUUUGCAGCGUGGGACAAACUAACACAAGAUUUUCCAUAGACUGCGUGGAAACUUUCACAUGCUAUGAUUUCGUUCAGUAAUGCUACUAGAUCAAAACAAAAUUUGCACAACAUUUUUAUUUGAUACCACAUAUAUACUUUAAUUUGAUAAUAUUUGUAGAAGCACUCUCUUGAUCAACACCAGUGUCUCGGUUUGAUAAAUACACAGCUAACCGGGAUUCCUGCUUUCAUAUUGUAUGUGGAUGAUAUGUAUAUGACAAGAGGGUUCAUUUAUCUUUUUCAACUCCUAAGUCAAGAAUGAAGAUUUCUGUAGUACAGUCCUAUGAUGCUACAUGUACUGUAUAAACUCCCUUUUCAUGUGUUGAUGCACUUUUGUCUAUUACACAUUACAAACAUGUACAUGCCAAGAUGUUCUUUUGUAUUUAAGCAUUCAAAGCAUGUCCUAUCAUCAACUUUUCAUGUACAAAAGUCCACAAUUCAACUAUCCUCUUUCAGUAUAACUGUUCGUUCAGCUUGUAAAUGUACACAGUCAAGCUCUGUAGAAAACGAUAGCUGUUCAUAUUUGUAAACAUGUGGUACAUAAUAAAUAUUUUCUGAAUAAUCCUAUGCAAUACAA